CAAACUAAGACAAACUUGAAAAGGGCGAUAUACAAGAAAAAUGCAAUACAUCCUACUCGCUUUAUGUUGGCUCCUCUGGAUGAGACUACCUCUGUGCCAUGGGAGGGCAUUAAAAACAGUUCGACUAAAGGCGGAUGCCAAACUGCUCUCAAAAAUUUUAAUAACAAGGAUCCAGGAACAUCCAAUUCAGCUCAAUUACCCAAGCAGUUUGAAAAGCAGUGGUUUGGACUUUAUUCCAGAUGAAGAGAUAUUGAUGAGUAUGGAGAAGAUGGAUGAAACUCUCGAAAUAUUCCAGAAUAUCCUCUCCAGUAUCCCAAUGGAGCAGGUGGAACAAAUGCUGAGUGAUAUCGAGAACCUUCGCAGCCUGUUAAAGAUUCUGACCUUUAUGAUGGGUUGUGCAGCCAGAGAACCGCGGCAGACCAACUCAUUGGAAUACUUCAAAGAGCAGCACGAAAACGCUUCGUAUACAAUGGAAAAGGUGACACUUGAUCGUCUAGAGAAAACAUUAGAUGGCAUUGUCAAACAUCUAGACUAUGUCACAAGCUGUUGAGACCGUUUACAGACUGUGAUGAACACCAGGCUAUCUAGCAGUGUGGUUGACAAGGCUGGAACAUCUUCACUCUUCCACCCAUGUCUAUUAUUUUUAGUCCUUAAGCUACA